AAUUAUUUGAACCUUUGAUUCAUUGUCUGAAUGUAUAAGUCGGCAUGGAGGCGGCAAGUACUGAUGAUCCAAAACCGCGCACAGUGGUGGUGAUAGGUCAUUCCUUCAUCAGGAGACUCGGAAUUUUGAUGCAGAAUGAACCAGAUUUUGAUAACUUACGACUAUAUAAAGAUAAAUUUAAAGUGUUAAUUAGAGCCAGGGGCGGCCUCAAGACACAAGAUCUAGCCAACUCUCGAGAAUUGCUGGACUUUCAGGGCAUACAUAUUGAGGGCGCCAUUUGUUUUAUGCAAAUUGGCGGGAAUGAUUUGUCAAAUCCACAAGCAACACCAAACGAGGUCGCUCGGAAUAUUAUGUCGUUAGCGCAAUUCUUACUGUUAACUAACAAAUUUUCCUUUGUAAUAAUUGGACAGUUAUUACGCAGACAUCCAUCCAAAGUAGGGGACCACUAUAAUUUUAAAGUGAUUGACACUAAUAAACUCCUGCAUGAUCAGUGCCACCGAUCUACCAGCAACAUUUUGUUCUGGCACCAUCACGGCUUCUGGGAUCCAGAAAUGAAAUUCUUGGCCAGCGAUGGGGUCCACCUCAAAGACAGCAGUCACGAUCACCGGGUCAUGAGGAAAUACCUCCAGAGCAUUAAGAGUGCUGUCCUCUAUGCCUCCCAUCUGCCAGGGUGGGAGAAUAAGGAUAAAAAAUAUGCCACCAAAAAAGAGGAUGAAACUACGCAGCCAACCAGCUCAGGCACCCCCUGUAGACUCGGCAUUGGGCAACGCAGUUGAUGCCAGUUCAUCAGCUACUCAAGCGAGCUGCACCAACAACCCUCCAAUUGACUAUGACCAGCUUGCAGCAGCAAUUCUUAGACAACAACAGGCUUUGACACCAAGCAGUGCUUCCUCAAAUAAUAUCGUUUCUCAGGAUACUCCCUCUACUUCACAGGCUGUACCCUCUGCAUCAAGUACCUCUUCUAGCGAUCCAAGUAGUCUAAAUUUGGUAAACACCCUGCAACAGUUAUUUUCAGGUUCAGGAAGCCAAGAAAUUUGCCCCUUGGUUGGACCUCAAGCCAACAGCAGUACCAGAACAUUUGAUUUACAUAUAAGCCAACCAAGUCAGCAGUUACUUCAGGCAUCACUGUCUUUAUCGUCUAAGCAGUUAUACCUUCGAAGUUGGAAUUUGUUAAAGAAAUUUUGUGACACUCAUAGUAUACCCUUUUCUCUCCCAUUUGCAGAAGGAAUUAUUUGCAAUUUUAUUGGUGAAUUAUUCACUGAGGGUUUAAGCCCAUCCACCAUCACUUCACAUGUUUCGGCAAUUAGUUUCGUUCAUAAGAUUUUUGACUUUCAUGACCCUACCCACUCUUUUAUAGUGAGAAAAGUUAUCAAAGGAGCCCAAAACCUAGCAAGAACUGUUGACACUAGACUUCCAAUUACAAAACCCAUUCUUAUCAAAUUAUUAUCUGCCUUAGAUCACACUGUUCAAGAAGCAGACUCAAGAACUCUGCUGUCAGCAAUUUUCCUUCUUGCCUUUCAUGCCUUUAUGCGGUUAGGUGAACUCGUUCCUAGAAACAAAACAUUUAACUCAAAAGUAAUUCAAAGACAAGACAUAAUGUUCAAUGACGAUAAUUCAGUUCAGAUCACACUCAGGUAUUCAAAAACCAUGAAUGAUAGGCAGCCAUUAAUAAUUACUCUGACAGCUAAUAAUUUAAAAUGUCAAUUCUGUCCAGUUCAUGCCUUAAAAGCAUACAUUGCUGAACAUAAACACACAUCAGGUCCUUUAUUCACAUUUAAAUCUGGCGAACCAGUUCCGCACAACUUUGUGACAUCUCAUUUGAAACAUGCCAUAAAUUUUAUUGGUUUGAAUUCAUCACUUUACCUCGGUCAUAGUUUUCGCAUUGGUGCUGCCACAGAGGCAGCUAAGAACGGUUUAUCUGGAAAUGUAAUUCAACAACUGGGUCGUUGGCACUCAAAUGCAAGCAGACGUUACAUUAGAAUAAAUGCUUUCAAGUUCUAAAUUUCAACCCUUUAUGAGAAUUUCAAACUAAAUGAUCCCCUCAUACAGGUACUGCCACCGACUAUCAAAAGAGAAGUUAGCAUGUGGUUUUUUCUCUUCAGAACGUAAAUAGGAUCUGAUUAAAAAUUUUUAGCGUCAAGUCCAAAAUUAAGCAUAUAAAUUAUUUACGAGGUCAGACUAUGGUUGCUCAGACAGAUUACAAAAUUUUAAAAUUUGGAAUUACUAAGGUCAGCAUAUGGUUGCCUAUAUAAAACAGUAAUUCGGUUAGAAAUUUGGCAGGUAUUAUUUUGAAAAGUGUUAGCUCAUUUACGAGAUCACAAUUUACCCCCCAAUUUUGCCCCCAAAGUACAAGCUAUCUACAGGAGGUCAGCAUACGGUUGCUCAUAUAGCUUAUGGAAAUUGUAAUUCAGCCUUAAAUUGGGUGUUGAGACUGUGCGUGAAGUCAGCGAAAUUGCGAGCUAAUAUACAUGGAGACAGCGUACGAUUGCCUACAAAGAAACUGUAUAAAGUGAACUGGUAUUUCAGCCUCGAACGGGUACGUGAGACUUGUAUUUGGAGAUCAGCAUGUAUUUAUAGUAAAAUUACAAGCUCAGCAGAAGUUUUUUGCAUAAAUUUGUGUAUGAGAUAAGCAUAUGGUUGGUUAUAAAAACUGUACAUGGUAGUUGGAGCUUAGCAAGGUUUUUGUUUGAAACUUAUACAUAAAGUCAGCCUGGUUGUAAAAAUGAUUGUAAAAAUCAGUCAUGAGACUGAGUUUUGUUUUUAAAUAUUGUUCACGAGGCAGCAGUUGCUCCUUCUUUUUCUAAUUUAACUUUGUUUCAUUCAUAUAAUUGGCAAACUUUGCUUUUAAAUAUGUUACUCUUAUAGAUAUAACUUUAUGAUUAUGAUUAAAUAUGGUCUUAUGCUUGGGUUAAGUAAGUCCAUGCAGGUACAUGUUUUUUCAAUCUAUAACAAAAUUAUGAAAUGCCCUUUCCUUGGGUGGCGCGGCAUGCCUCAUGCAAGCAUUAGGCAUGCUGUGUGGCCUCUUGUUUUACGCCACCUUCUUGUUACACAAACUUGGUCAUCAUUAUAUAACAAUAGCUGGGAUAAGCAAUAAGUCGCAAUAUAUUAUAUCUAAGUUGAAACUAUUCAUUAUUUGUCCUUAUCCCAGCUAUAAUUUAUAAGAUUAUAUGUAAUAUUGUAUAUUUAUGUGCUUUUGUUCACUUGCGUCAUUUAUCUAGUUAAUAAAUGACAUGUUUUCACUCAACUCAUUUCUCAUGUUUUCUCCAGUGGGUAAAGCAACAAGAACAAGCUGCGGAAAGGCAUUUCACAUUACGGGAUUUAUUAUUACUAGUGGAAAAGUUGUGAAUAUAAAUAAAAUUUUAUGUUCCAUAAAAUAUUUUAUAUGCAAUCUUUUUUACAUUGUUUGACAAAGAUGAAAUUACAGUUGUUCUCGACUUAUUGUUUUGACAUCGGGAUCGAACUCCUGUUAAGAUCGGGUUCAGCGUGAUCGGCCAUUAUAUUUGACUGUGGAAACACGAGGUUGUGAUUAAAUUUCCGCCACCUCCCCUCCUCCUCCCAAUUAUUAACAACAUUUGAAAUAGAAAAUUCUAAUUGUUUCAAUUUUUGUGAUAUAGAUUUUUCUUUAUUGUACAAAAAUUAGCAUAUAACAUGCCUUGUGGCCUCUUGUUUUACGCCACCUUCUUGUUACACAAACUUGGUCAUCAUUAUAUAACAAUAGCUGGGAUAAGCAAUAAGUCGCAAUAUAUUAUAUCUAAGUUGAAACUAUUCAUUAUUUGUCCUUAUCCCAGCUAUAAUUUAUAAGAUUAUAUGUAAUAUUGUAUAUUUAUGUGCUUUUGUUCACUUGCGUCAUUUAUCUAGUUAAUAAAUGACAUGUUUUCACUCAACUCAUUUCUCAUGUUUUCUCUAGUGGGUAAAGCAACAAGAACAAGCUGCGGAAAGGCAUUUCACAUUACGGGAUUUAUUAUUACUAGUGGAAAAGUUGUGAAUAUA